AUGGGGCCGGCUGGGCGCCAGUUCGGAGCCCUGAUCUGGAAGAACUGGCUUUGCAGACUCAGGCACCCGGUCCUUUCUCUUGCUGAAUUCUUUUGGCCAUGUAUCCUCUUCAUGAUUCUGACAGUGCUUCGUUUUCAAGAGCCUCCCAGACACAGAGACAAUUGUUUUUUGCAACCUCGGGAUCUGCCCAGCCGAGGCGUUUUUCCCUUCGUCCAAGGCCUUCUUUGCAACACGGGGUCGACCUGCCGGAACCAGAGCUAUGAGGGAGCCACGGAGCACCAUUCUCGUUCGUCCAGGUUCUGGGCUGCAGCUGGCCGGCCCGGGAAGGUCAACAACCUGGCCUUCCUGGAAGAGGUGCGGGAGCUCGCCGAGGAAGUUUAUGACAUGAUGGACAAGGCAAAGAUCUUACAGGAACUUUGGGCAGGAAGAUCCAAGGGCCCAGAUUCUUCUCAUGGCUCCAGUUUUUUGGCAAUGGAUCUCAAUAAGACGGAGGAGGUGAUCUCGAAAUUGGAAAAGCUCCACCAGCAGCCCCACAUCUGGAAUUUUCUACGUCUGCUGCCGAGACUGUAUGCCCACGACACUGGCGUCGCAGACCGCAUCCACACGGGGAUACGCCUCCUCCAGGCAGCUCUGAAUUCCUUGGCAACUUUGGAAGAUUUAGACUGGCUGCCACUCGACCACAGGUUUUCCACUGUUUCCGAAAUCGCGCUGAAUGUGACCCUUUCGAUGCUGACGUUUCUGCAGGAGCGGGGAGCGGCCACCCCUGACUUAGGAUACACCUUGUCCCUGAAGAAGCUGGUGUGGGAUCCACAGAAGGUCCAGGCUGACCUGAAGUCCCGAUUUGGUUUUGACGACCUUCAUGCAGAACAGAUCCUGAAUUACUCAGCGGAACUACAGGAGAUUCCCACAGAUGGGACCUUGGAGCGGAUGGUGUGUUCCUUCUUGUCCCGAACCUCCGAGGAUGAAGCUGGCCAAGAGGGUCACCCUGAAGACUGUCAUCCCCGCUGGUCAGCGGCCACAGACUACCUGGUGCACGCGGUCAGCUGGCUGCAAGUCUACAAGCAGGUGUUCGAUCAGUGGCAAAAAGGCAGCCUGCUUCAGAAGGUGCUCGAAGGGGCUGCCCGCAGCCUUGAGACUCUCAGCGAUCGGUUUGUGGAAGAGACCGAGCCCCGGAAGGUGCUAGAAGCCCUGUACACUCUCCUUCUCAUCCUGAGGGACGGCUUGGCAGCAGAUGACCCCAGUGGCGACCAUUCAUCUCCAAAGACAUUACUGUAUCUACAGAAGUUGGAGAAUGUUCUUCGAAACCUGCCCCCAUGGCCGGCUCGGACGAGAUUGCUUCCGCUGUACGGGGCUCUCAGGAACGCGAUAGCCCAGCGCUUACGUUUUGUCCAAGAAGUCCUCGUGUGCCUGGAGAGAUCAGCCAACAGCUCCAAACUGGGCGGACCCGACCACCCGAAAUUGGAAAAGGGCGAGUUCUUUUGGGAGCUGAAGCAGCUCUUGAUGAAGGAUACCGCUGACAGGUGCCUACACGCCAGCUUGUCUGGGAGGGAGGCUUUCCUGUGUCCUGGCGUCUGGGAAGGCCUUGGGGGGCUGACGUGUCCCCAGGACUCCUUCAACAAGAGCAGUGUCUUAAACAAGCUACUGAGGUCAGCAGAGGAUGCUGAUCGCCUUUUGCGAGAACUCAUCGCUGGGUUCACAGAUACGCCAGUUUCGGUACCCGGAGGGUUUCUGGGCUGGCAGGAAGUGGAGACACAGCUGGCGGACGUGGGCCUGUCCUGCACGCGGCUCUUCCGGGUGCUGGGAGCUGCCGGCUCACCUGGGAACAGUGACCUUGCCGGUGACUGUGAGGACCAGCUUCUCGCUGCAGCGGUGUUUCAUAGUCUGGAGCAGGUGCAGUUGUCCCUGGAAGAAACAUCCUACUGGAAAGCCUUUGAGGGGUUUAUCAGGAAGACCUGUGAACUGGUCCGCUACGUGAAUGCGCCAGAAAGUGUCCAGAACGGUCUAUCUGCUUUCUCUGAGGAAUCUCCUUGUUAUGAAGAAAACAUGGACUGGGAAAUCAUCACUGAUAAUUAUUUUGACUUUUUGAGUAACUUACUCAAGUCUCCAGCUGCUUCCGUAGCCAGGAUCUUGAAUUCCUCCAAGGAACUUCUCCUGAUGGAAAAGAGAUUGCAUUCCCCGGAGGACGAGCAAAUGCACUUUUUUUUGUCGCUGGUGGGAUUUCUGGAGAAAUUAUUGCCUAAUCCUUUCGACUCGCCCCGGGUUCCCAAAUCCCGUGACCGCCCAUCUCCCACCGAGACUCUUCUGAACACAAGCCAUUUGUGGGUAAAUCAUUCAAGAAGUUUAGAGAGAGACCCAUCUGCUCUUGAUACUCAGAAACUUCUGGAACUUGGCAAAGCAGUGAUCGCAAGAGCACAAGCUCUUGAACAUCUCUGGACAGAGAAGGAAUCAAGUGAUAUUUUGAGAUUUAUGGAAUUAGUACUUUCUGAAAUGAAUCCCAAGCUCCUGGAGUUGUGGACGGAUGGCAUUUCAAAAGGAGAAAGAGACACACUGGAGACCUUGACUACAGGUCUUAACUUUUCUGUUCCAGAAGACGAGAGGGUUCUUAGCAAAAGCUUUAACUUUUCUCAGUUGUUCCAUUCAGAUUGGCUUGCAUCGCCAUCUGUGAAAAUGGACUUUGUACCUUUAUGUGAAACGGUCCUAAGCAGCCUCUAUGAAUUCGGAUUUCUGAGGCAGGGCCAAGUCUCAGAGGCUCUGGACGUAGUCUGCGCUUUACGGAACCUGUCUGAGCAUUUCUCAGCCCUUCCUGAACCCGAAAAACGAGAAGUUGCUAAAAUCUUGACUCAGCUCUAUCUCAGCGUCUUCCAGGACAAAGAUUCAGCUUUGCUUCUGCAGAUUUAUUCUUCCUGGUUCCAAUCCAUGUCUGAAUUCUUGAGCAUUCAGGGCACAGACUCUUUGCUACCCUCCCUUGCACAAAUCUCAAAACACAUUUUGGAUAUCAUAAAGCAAUUUCAUUUCCAGAACAUCAGUGAAGCAUUUGCAUUUUUAUAUGAGACAACAGGGGUUCUUGAGGGAAUUUCGGAGGGAUCUUAUUGUCAGCAGUUGCUUUCAUUUUUUAACUACUUGGAACUUCAGGCCCAGUCCCUGGUGUCUACACAGGGCCCCGAAUUGGAAGUGAUUCAUGCUACGUUGACAGGUCUCAAACAGCUGCUCGUGGCCAACGAGGAUUUCCGUAUUUCUUUCUUUCAGUACAUGAGCCAGUUCUUCAACGGAUCAGUAGAAGCCCUUUUGGGUAAUGAAUGCUUUGCUUUAGAUAGUAAAAACGUUUCUUCCGUGAAUUAUUCAAUAGACAGAGGGUCUUCAUUUAUUCUUCCGUGGACACAAAUUCUUUCCAACCUGUCCGCGAAUGGCAGUGUGUUCAAUGAGUUAAUGGCUGUUCGCUGCACCGUCUCGUGGCUCCAAAUGUGGACUGGUAUCUGGGGAAGCAUAUCUCAGAUAUUCAAGUUUGGUGUGAAUAUUUUCACUCCUCUUCACGAUGGCCUCACUCAGCUUCUGGAUGAAUUGGAAGGUGAUGUGAAAGUUUCUAAAAGCUGCCAACGAAUGUUUCCUACCCACCACCCCGCCAGACUCAUACUGAAUUUGUUUAAAAAUGUAACCCAAGCUGAUGGCUUUCAUGAUUGGGAUGAGUUUUUGAGUCUCAGGGAUCUUUGGGUAGUAGUGGGUGAUGCCUUAGUUAGUGUAAAGUCACUUAACCCCGACCAAGUAGAGAAAUCCCUUUUCACCAUGGAGACUGCCCUGAGUCAGCUAAAGACAUUUCCAUUAAACACAAAUGCCAGCAGAGAGUUUUUAUAUUCUCUGCUUGACGUUUUCAUGGAGUUAAGCGAUACCUCAGAAUACAUCGACAGAGACGUACAAUUGUUAAAUCACUUUCUUUCAAAUAACCUCACAAAUCAUGGAGUGAAGUUUGAAAGUGUCAUCAACGAGCUAAGAGAAACAAUGUUAUUGCUUAGAAAUGUGUCACGUGACCAAGAUUUAUUGUCCUGUGCCAAUAUUUUCCAAAAUGUUACCGAGUUUAUUUUGGAAGAUGGCUUAUUAUAUGUAAAUAUCUCACAGAGGACAUUACAUAUUCUGGCCAUGUUAAAUUCCACAUUUUCCUCUGAGGACACAAUCAGCAGACGGAAGGGGUGCGUUGCAUGGGUAGAUAUCAUGAACCAUCUGUACAUGAUGUAUAACUCCAGUGUUUCACAAGGUUAUCCUCGGGGUAUUUGGAAGAGUUUCAGAGAUGUAGAGAACAAAAUAAACUCUACAUUGAAGCUUGUUACUGGGAUGCUGAAUAUAAAGGACCCUCAUUGUUCGUUCAACACGUCAGAUCCAGAUUGCGUGAAUACUGUAUUGAAAAAUGUAACUGAUUUCCUAAAUGUGAUACUCACUGAAGUCUUUGAAGAGGAAAAGGUACCUAAAUUAGAGAUUUUAUUAACUCUUUUAAAUGAUUCCACAGACCAAGUAAGGAUGAUUAUCAACAACUUGACAAGAGACUUUGAUUUUGUACCUCAAUCCCACUGGAAACGUUUUAUUGGAUUCGUUCUAAGACCCAUAGAAAUGUCAGAUGACUUACCUAGUCAAUUUAAAAAUCUUUGGCUGCAUUUAGUAGCUCUGGGGAAGGAAGUUCAGAAACUUAUGAAGGCUAUCUCCACUCACAUCCUAGAAAGUGACUCCUCUUCUACAUCUGAGAAGCUUUUCAACAUAUUUGCUACCAGUCUAAAAGAAAAGGAUGUCAACAGCUUGGGCAAUUCAUUAUAUCAGUUAGCCAGUUACCUUGCCUUCAACUUCUCUUAUGAUCUCCAACAUCCACCACAAAUGAGUCCGCACAAAAUCACGAAAGCUGUAGGACUUGGUAUCCAACUGAUGAGGGAUGUGUUCAACUCCCUGACACCCUCAGUUCUUCACAACAUUCCACGAGAUGCAGGUAAUAGUCAAGUGUUCAAGAAGGUAACUUCUCUCCUGCGUACCCUCAAGAAGCCAGACAUAGACCUACUGGUCGACCAACUUGUACAAAUGAGUGAAGCGCUAACGGAUUUCUUUAAGAACGUCAGUAGAUUGGGUCCUGGCCGUUUGGGGGCCAACCUGCUUGUUGGCUUGCUGGAAAAAUUUGUGGACAGCUCACAUUCUUGGAAUGUCAAUCACCUGCUCAAGCUCUCACGCCUGUUCCCGAAGGAUGACGUUAACGCGGUGGUAGAUGCCUACUACGUGCUUCCUCAUGCUGUGAAGCUCCUGCAGAGAGGAGUUGACAAAAACAUCACAGAAAUCCUCGAGGAUGUCUACAAGUUCACUGUCCUUCAUGGCAUCAGCAUCUCAAAUAUCACCAAGGAAGACUUUGCUAUUGUGAUAAAAACUCUUUUGGACAUGGUGGAGUUGAUAUCAGAUAAACCAGCAAUUCUUUCCGAGGCUUUAACAUGCCUUCCUGUGGUUUGGUGCUGGAAUCACACGACUUCUGGAUCGAGGCAAGAUCCCAAGGUAGAAGCCUGUAAAUCCCACGAGCUCACGUCUUCUUCCUUUUAUAGCAAAGUGGCCAGAGUACUCGACCUGCUCCACCUCUCUCCCGUGGGCGGAGGUUUACAAUGUUCGGUUGAAGGCUCACAGGAGGAGAUUUCUAGGACGAUGGUCUGUGUCAUUCAUGAACUAGUGGACUGGACUUCCAUUUUUCUAGAGCUGUCCGAAGUCUUCCACGUUCAAACUUCACUUGUAAAAACCAUGCGAGAAUUUUGGCAUAAAGUGUUACCGUUUGUCCCGUCUUCUGGAAAUCAAAGCAACAGUGGCAUCUCUGAACUUUGUCCCAGCGGCCCCCUAAAGCAAGUUGCUUCGCAGAUCAUAGCAACACUGAAAAGUGUUAGCUUUACAAAAGUUGCACCAGAUGAAAAGAUUCUUGAUACACUAGCCAAUUUAAGCAAGAUCCUCAACAUUAACGAAGGCACAGAGGCAUCUGUUCAAAAUAAGAUUUCCUUAAAUUUGGAAAGGAUCAUGAAAUUGCUUUCUGGGGAUCGGCACCUAGAAAAUGGUGCCCAUUCUGUAGACUCUCCAUUUGUGAUGUUUCUGGAUGCUAACGUGACAGACAGUGGUUUAGAAGCACCACCAAGCUUUACUAAAACAAGUGACGCGACUUAUAACUCUUCUUACUUUGAGGAACUGUGGCUUGAGGUUGAACAAAUCAUGACAGAGCUAAGCCACGGCUUUCCUAUCAGACACCUGCUUUCUGAAAUUAACAAAGAAAUUCAAAUGAUCAGUUCAGAGACUGUUCAAAACAUAACUUUGCAACUUGCCCGUGUGUUUGAAAGCCUGGGGUCCUUGUCACUGAAGACAUCAGAAAUCAUUGAAGAUUUUCUAUUGGGCAUGAAAAACUGGCUCCAUAAACGUGCGAACAAAGAUGACUCCAGAAUGAUUGAGACAUUAUUUCUUCUGACAGCCAGUGAGAAUGCAACUGAUGAUACAGCUCUGUGGAUCAAAGAUUUUGCUACCUUUUUGGGUUUUCUCAAAGCCAUUUCUAGGGAAGGUGACCUCGAUGUUGCCCAUUUGACACAACUGCUAAGCCAAGAGCAGCUAACUAAUUUGUCGCUCGUUCAAUUCCUUUUUGAAAGUGUCCUAAUUAAUUCAAUCAGUAAGUUAGCUGGGAGUUCUCUGGAGGCAGCCUCAAAUUCGAGUGAUACUGUCCUUCAGAUAACGAAUUUCAUUAACCUCACCUUGAACCAGACUCCUUCAGGAAAUGGUGCAGGCAUAAUCCUCCCUCCACGAAGUGCAGUGGAUUUCAUGGAACAGCUUUUGCAAACGUUCUUCUCGUUUUUACUGGAGGAAAAUUCUGAGAACAGACUAUCUCUUCUGCUGAAGGCCUUCCACAAAGACAUUGCUGCAGAGAUGAGCUUUGUCCCAAAGGAUAAAAUUCUAGAAAUUCUGUCACUGGAUCAAUUUCUUACCAUCUUGAAAGACGACAGACUGAUGAGCAUUUUCUCAAGUUUAAAGGACGCUAUACAUCAUCUCAUCCAAAGGCCGUUUAUUUUAGACAAUGGACAAUUUCAUUUUGAUAUUCAUCAAGGACUGAAGUUCAUGAGAGAUUUAUUUAGUGCUCUUCCAAGGGAAACCUCGGGGACAAACAAGUCGGAAGAUAAUUUGGAGUUUCUUACAGUUGUGAGUCACUUGCUCCGCCACGGGAACAGUUCUGAAGACCUCUUCCAACUCAAUCACGAUCUCAGGUCAGCCCUUCAGCUUGUGAGAGAAACUUCCACAGAGCUAGCACGGCUCAUGGACGCGCUCGCCCACUCUCCUCACAGGGGCUUCCGUAACGUGUAUCCCACACUCCGAGAAGUCAUACUUGCUAAUCUCACUGGUCUGCUUUCCUUUAUCAAUAAUUCAUUCCCUCUAAGGAACAGGACAACGUUAGAAAUGACCAAGAGAUUCCUUGGUGUUCUCUCAAGAGCUGGUGGAGAAAGUGGUGCCCUGGAGCCCCUGUUGGAAAUGACUGACACCGUGACCUUGCUGGUGAGGGACAUUGCCGACAUGAGAGAUCUUGCCUCCUUGGUGAACUCCACCGUGGAACUGGUCAGGCUAGCCCAGAAGGUUUCCAGGAAGGUGGCCACUAUUUUUGAAACCCAUCUCAUCUCUAGUGCCAAUGACACCAUGAAAUUCUUUGACAGUCUCUAUUCUGUUUUGCAACAAAGUGUUCGAAAUGCUGUGAAUGAAAUAACCACUUUGAAAAACGUAGACCGUUUCCUAUCUGAAAAGAUAAACAACUUGUUGACGCCGUUUCUUGACUUGGCUUUUGGGAUGACUGGGGUCACACCUAAUAUUUCACAAGACUCUGAUAUUGUCAACACGUCAUCUAGCACAUUCUCUCAUGUGAACCAGUCCAAGGACUUUUCUGAUAUUUCGGAAGAAAUUGCUGAAUUUUUAACUUCCGUGAAAAUCAAUUUGGGGGCUAUGGAGCUUCUUCUGGUAGCUUUUAAUAACGCAACUCAAAUAUUCAGUAUGGAUUCUGUCAACCUAUGGGAAGAAAUUUUGGAUUGCUUCGUUCCUAUAAGUAGUAUCAUCAACCAGAUAGACUUCUUGCACCCUCGUCCACUCCCCACUCAUUGUUGCCCUCAAGGUACUAAAUGGGAAAGAACCCAGGAAGUGAUCCUGUUUUUGGAUGAAAUGCUAUCACGAGACAGCACGGAAAUAGGGACGUACUUGAGAAUGGCGAUUGAUCUCACCUUGGAAGCUCUUUGGAGUAACUUAGAGAAGGAUAACAGGUCUGUCUUUAAUCUGUUGCUGACAUUGGUUCAACAUCCAGAUGACCUUCUGAAAGCCAUAGAGACAGCUGGGGAGGUCUCUGGUGAAACAGGUGAUCUGAACGAAGCUUUGUUUUCCAACGCAUCUCUGAUUCCGAAUGUAACUCAUCAACGACUCGAGCAAUCAGUCCAGAUCGUGUUAAGGAGAAUAGCUCUCUUGAGAAAAGAAUUUCCCCUGAACAACUCUCAGUGGGUAGACUCCAUGAGAACAUUGUUCCAGCCCAUCUUUGAGAGUUUUAUUAAUGCAGCCACUGGAAAGAAUACCACAUCGGGGAAAGAAGAGAGCAUCGAGGAGGUGAUGGCUGAUUUUCCUUACAUCCUCAAACCGCUAUCAAGUUUCGAGAAGUACCUGAAGGAACUAAUUGCAUUGAUGGAGUGCUGGCAAGAGGUCCCACUGAUGGAUCAAAGUGUUGCCAUGUGUCAGAUUUUCCAGCAGCCUCGGAAACCCCCGGAAGCCGUGGCGACUCUGCAGAAGGUGACGAUGCUGGCUCUGCACCUGUUCCUCAUCCUUGCAGAAAACCCUUCCCUGAUGAAGGACAUCAUGUGUGCUGCUCUGAGCUGCCAGCGAGGUGGGGCAUGGCGUGUCCUUUCACCCGCGCUACAAGCGGCCGCCUUGGCUCACGGCCACUACCAGGAAAUAGAAGAGACAUGGUCCUCACCCCUCCAGCUGGACUGUGAAACUCUUAGCAGGAAUCUUUCCAGCACCCUGGUGAACUUCAAGGCUAGCCUGGAACACACCACCGACCAGGAUUGUGAAUGCGAGCCGGUGCUGGACUUGGCCCGACAGCGUGUGCACACGUUGGCCCAAAGCCUCAAGGAGACCUGGUUGUUGGGGAAUCCCGUGAUGGCCUUCCUCAGGAAUUUCACAGUGACCGAAGAUGUCAGAGUCAAAGAUGUGAUGCAGAACGUCUCCAAGCUCACCAGGGAGCUCCAAUCUUCCAUCCAUGUCUCAAACGAGACCAUCCACAGUGUUCUAGAAGCCAGCAUCUCCCAUUCGCAGGUUCUCUGGAGCGUCCUCGCGGUGGCUUUGUCUGGAAGGUGUGAUCUAGACACCCUUCGUCUGCUACUGGCGUUUCCCGAGGAUGAGAAGUCGGGGUCUGCGGUGCGGGAAGUGUGUGCCCUGCCCGGGCCCGAAGUGUAUUCCCUGAUUGUGUCCAUGAGUCAGAAUCUGAAUCUGCGGAGUUUCAUUUACAAAACUCUGAUGCCUUUGGAAGCGAGCAGAGUGCUCAGCUCCCUGUCGGACGUGGUCUCCAGGCUCAGCCACCUGCUUGCCAAAGCCGGCCACGUUCUGGAAUACCUUCCCGAAUUUCUUCGUGUGAAUAAAAUCACUGCCUUGCUGGACAUGCCCGACUUUCAACAGGAUCCACAGAAUGGCCAGGCCAGAAGUUCAGCCUUCGGUUCUUUCCAGUCCGUGAUGAAGAAGCUUUGCAAGGAGCCCACGUCGUUUUUCAGCGGCUCCAACUCGUUCAUUAACUUGCCCAGAGUUAAUGAGCUCCUGGGAGGGGACAAAGAAAAAUUCAACAUUCCCGAAGAUUCAACACCAUUUUGCUUGAACCUCUAUCAGGAAAUUCUACAGUCUCCAAAUGGCGCUUUGGUGUGGUCCUUCCUAAAACCUGUAUUACAUGGAAAAAUACUGUACACACCAAAUACUCCAGAGAUUAAUGAGAUCAUUGGAAAGGCAAAUUAUACUUUUCAUUUCGUGGACAAGCUGAAGACUUUAACAGAAACCUUGCUGGAAGUGUCCAGUGUUUUUCAGAGUGGAGGGAGUGGCCAGAUGCUCAGCAAACUGCAGGCAGCCCUGAGAAACAAAUUUAUAAGAAACUUUGUAGAAAGCCAGCUGCACAUUGAUGUAGACAAACUGAUGGAAAAGCUCCAGACUUACGGAGUGAAGCUGGACGAGCUGUUUGCCCACGGGGACACCGGGCAUCUCCAUGUCCUGGGCCGUAUCUUGGUCAACCUGUCCUCCUGUGUGAUGCUGAACCGCUUCCAGGCCCUGGAGUCUGUCGCCAGCCUGGAGUCCAGAGCCCGUGAACUCAUGCAGCAGAAUGACUUCUUGGCCAGUGUCAUAUUCAACAGUUCGCUGGGCAGCGGAGACUCAGGGAGGCCGUCUCUGCGCCCGCCGCCCCACGUCACAUACACCAUCCGGACCAGCGUCUUACACAGCAUGAGGACAGAUUUGGUGAAAAACCCUUUCUGGAAGUUCCAUCCUCAGAACCUACCGGCCGAUGUGUUCAAGUACAACUACAUCUUUGUCCCUUUGCAAGACAUGAUUGAAAGGGCCAUCAUCUCAGUGCAGACCGGGCAGGAGGCUGAGGAGCCAGCCACGCAGACACAGGCCAUGCCGUACCCUUGUCACACCAGGGACCUAUUCUUGAACAACGUUGGUUUCUUUUUCCCUCUGAUCAUGAUGCUGACGUGGAUGGUGUCUGUGGCCAGCAUGGUCCGAAAGCUGGUGUACGAGCGAGAGAUCCAGAUAGAAGAGUACGUGCGGAUGAUGGGGGUGCACCCGACCAUCCUUUUUCUGGCCUGGUUUCUGGAGAACAUGGCCAUGCUGGCCAUCAGCAGUGCCGCCCUGGCCAUCAUUCUGAAAGUGAGCGGCAUCUUCGCGCACAGCAACGCCUGUAUCAUCUUCCUCUUCCUCCUGGAUUUCGCGGUGUCGGUCGUCAUGCUGAGUUACUUCCUGAGCACAUUUUUCAGCCAAGCCAACACGGCUGCGCUCUGCACUAGCCUGGUGUACAUGAUCAGCUUCCUGCCCUACAUCGUUCUGUUGGUUCUCCGUAACCAAUUGAGUGUUGUCAUUCAGACGUUUCUGUGCCUGCUUUCCACCACCGCCUUUGGCCAAGGAGUAUUUUUCGUUACCUUCCUAGAAGGGCAAGAAGCAGGGAUUCAGUGGAAUAACAUGUACCAGCCUCUGGAGCAAACGGGUGUGACGUUUGGCUGGGUUUCCUGGAUGAUUCUCUUUGAUUCAGGCCUUUAUUUUGUAUGUGGAUGGUACUUGAACAACUUGCUUCCUGGAACUUUUGGAUUAAGGAAACCAUGGUAUUUUCCCUUUACCGCGUCGUACUGGAGGAACUUGGGUGGUUUCGUGGCAAAGAGACCACACGCUCCCAGUUCUAAUCUGUCCUUCUCCAGCGAGAACUUUGAUGAUAAAGGGUCCUCGCUGCAGAUCUGGGAGGGAAAGCCAGCAGGAGGCCCCCCGGGCGUCGCCCUGCUGUCUGUAACCAAGGAAUAUGAGCGGCACAAGGCAGCCGUCCGAGACCUGACCCUCACCUUCCACAGAGGCCAGAUCACUGCCCUGCUGGGGACCAACGGUGCCGGGAAAACCACAGUCAUAUCCAUGCUGACAGGGCUCCACCCGCCCACUUCCGGAACCAUCACCGUCAACGGCAGGAACCUGCAGACAGACUUGUCUGCCAUCAGAAGGGAGCUCGGGGUGUGUCCUCAGCGGGACGUCCUGUUUGACAACCUCACCGUCCUGGAGCACCUGGUCCUCUUUGCUUCCAUCAAGGCACCGCAGUGGACCCGGAAGGAGCUGUGCCAACAAGUCAACAGAACCCUGCGGGACGUGGAGUUAACACCGCAUCGGCACAAACAGACCCGCGUGCUCUCCGGAGGCAUGAAGAGGAAGCUGGCCAUUGGCAUCGCCUUCAUCGGUGCGUCGGGGACCGUGGUUCUGGAUGAGCCGACCAGCGGGGUGGACCCCUGCUCCCGCCGCAGCAUUUGGGACAUUCUCCUCAAGUACCGAGAAGGUCGGACCAUCAUCUUCACAACCCACCACCUGGAUGAGGCUGAGGCUCUCGGUGACCGUGUGGCCCUCCUGCAGCAUGGCCGGCUCCGCUGCUGCGGUCCCCCCUUCUGCCUGACCCAGGCCUACGGCCAGGGACUCAGCCUGACGCUCAGCAAGCAGCCUUCUGCUCCGGAGACCGAUGACCCGAAGCACGUCGCUCGUGCCACGUCUCUGAUCCAGACCUACAUCCCUCAAGCCUUCCUCAAAGACAGCAGCGGGGCUGAGCUGGUCUACGGCAUUCCCAAGGAUGCGGACAGAGCCUGCUUCAAAGGGCUGUUCCAGACCCUGGAGCAGAACCUUGACCAUCUGCAUCUGACGGGCUUCGGGAUUUCAGACGCCACACUGGAAGAGGUGUUCCUGACGCUGCUGCAAGGUUCCAAAAAGCAAUCGGACGCUGCUCUGGGAGCCGGCGUUGAGCCGCGGGACCAUGGGCCUCCAGAGCACUGUGGCGCCCCAUCCGGGACCCCACGCCCUCCAUGGCCUCUGGCUCAGGCAGGGGCCCUCCUGGUGAAGCGGUUCCAGCACACGCGCCGGGCCUGGAAGAGCUCCCUCUCCGACCUCCUGCUGCCUGUCCUCUUCGUGGCCUUGGCCAUGGGCUUGUUCAUGGUGAGGCCUCUGGCCAUUGACUACCCGCCCCUCAAACUAACACCUGGCCAUUAUGACACAGCCGAAACUUACUUUUUCAGCAGUGGGGCCGAGGACCAGGAGCUCAUCCACGUGCUUUUGAGGGCGUUUGCAGAUGAGGAUCCUCUCUGUGACGGUUUAAACCCCAAUUUACACCCAGACCCGAAGAACUCUUCGUGCUGGCGAGUGGACCCCCCGUCUCACCUGCAAGUCCAGGAUUCCUGCACCUGCCUGACGUGUCCCAACAGAAGUGCUGGGGCUCCCUACCUGACCAACCGCCUGGGCCACACUCUGCUGAACCUGUCUGCCUUCCGCCUGGAGGAAUAUUUGCUGGUGCCGUCUGAGAAAUCAAGGCUUGGAGGCUGGUCUUUUGGAGUGCGGACCCCAGAUCAAGUUCAAGGUGCAGAUGCAAACACAUCAGAAGGAAACUCUGUGGCAAAGGUGUGGUACAGUCAGAAGGGUUUUCAUUCCCUCCCGUCCUACUUAAAUCAUCUGAACAACCUUAUAUUGUGGACACACCUACCCCCUGCUGCAGACUGGAGACAAUACGGAGUGACUCUGUACAGCCACCCGUACGGAGGGGCCUUGAUGAACGAGGACAAGAUCAUGGAGAGCAUCCGUCAGUGUGGCGUCGCCCUCUGCAUCGUGCUGGGCUUCUCCAUCCUGUCGGCGUCCAUCGGUAGCUCCGUGGUGAGGGACAGGGUGACCGGAGCCAAGAGGCUGCAGCACAUAAGUGGCCUCGGCUACAGGACGUACUGGCUUGCUAACUUCCUGUAUGACAUGAUCUUUUACCUGGUUUCCGUGGGCUUGUGCGUCACCGUCAUUGUCGCCUUCCAGCUGACGGCGUUCACGUUCCGCAAGAACUUGGCAGCCACGGCCCUCCUGCUGGGGCUUUUCGGAUAUGCGACUCUCCCAUGGAUGUAUCUGAUGUCCAGGAUCUUCUCCAGCUCAGACGUGGCGUUCAUCUCCUACGUGUCCCUGAACUUCAUCUUUGGUCUCUGCACCUUGCUGAUGACCAUCAUGCCCAGGCUGCUGGCCAUCAUCUCCAAAGCUCAGAGUCUGCAGAACAUCUAUGAUGUCCUCAAGUGGGUUUUCGCCGUAUUUCCUCAGUUCUGCCUGGGGCAGGGGCUGAUCGAACUCUGCUACAACCAGAUCAAGUACGACCUGACCCACAGCUUCGGCGUCGAUUCCUACGUGAACCCCUUUGAGAUGAACUUCCUGGGCUGGACCUUCGUGCAGUUGGCCUCACAAGGCACUGUGCUUCUCAUCCUGAGGGUUCUGCUGCACUGGGACCUUCUGCAGCGGCCGCGAGGUCACGCUGCCAUCCAAGGCACGGUCACGUCUUCCAAGGAUAUAGAUGUGGAACAAGAGCAGAUACGAGUGUUGAAAGGAAUGACCAGUGAAGACCUUCUCGUGUUAUGCAACCUUAGUAAAAGCUAUGGAGGCUUCUUCAAGAAGACCACCGCUGUGCAAGAUAUCAGCGUGGGCAUACGAAGAGGAGAGUGCUUUGGGCUCCUGGGGGUGAACGGGGCCGGGAAGAGCACCACGUUCAAGAUGCUGAAUGGAGACACCCCUCCGACCUCAGGACACGUGGUCGCCAGGACUCCCACAGGAGAGACCGUGGAUCUGUCUUUGGCGGGCGCCGCAGGUGUUCGCAUGGGCUACUGUCCACAGCAGGACGCCCUGGACGAGUUCCUGACUGGUUGGGAACACCUCUGUUAUUACUGUACCCUCCGCGGGGUUCCCAACUCCUGCAUUUCUCAGGUCGCCGGGGACCUGGUGAGGCGUUUACACCUGGAAGCCCACGUGGACAAGCUGGUGGCCACCUACAGUGGGGGGACCAAGCGGAAGCUGUCUACGGCCUUGGCUUUGCUGGGUAGACCCAACCUGCUUUUACUGGACGAGCCCAGCUCCGGGAUGGAUCCCUGCUCGAAGCGGUUCCUGUGGGAUGCGAUUAGGCAGGAGGUUCGCCAAGGCUGUGCGGUGGUGCUGACCUCACACAGCAUGGAGGAAUGCCAGGCCCUGUGCACGAGACUGGCCAUAAUGGUCAACGGCAGCUUCCAGUGCCUUGGCUCCCCUCAGCACCUUAAAAGCAGGUUCGGUGAUGGCUAUACAGUCAAGAUUUGGCUCUGUAAGGAAACCAGUCCACACAGUGUGGUUUCUGACUGCUUGAAGCUCCAUUUUCCAGGGAUCCAGUUUAAGGGACAGCGCCUUAACCUGCUGGAAUACCACGUGCCGAAGCAGUGGGAGUGCUUGGCCGACCUGUUCAGGGUUCUGGAAGGCAAUAAGACCUUCCUGAGUAUCCAACGUUACUCCAUCAACGAAACCACUUUGGAACAGGUAUUUAUUAAUUUUGUUACCGAGCAACAGAAAGCUUCACCGUGUACCCGGGCUCCAUCCACCGGCUGUCACCAGCCCGAUCACCUGCCUAUCUAAGCACGAAAGGAGACGUUUCUAAGAGGAAUAAUACCUUGUCUUUGGUUAACAAGUCAUCCUGGAGGAUCACAGGAGCCCGAGCGCCCCGGAGGUGCUGGGAGUCCGGCUCCUGCUGGUCAAAUCCAUACUUUCUCAUUUCCUUUUUGAAACUGCUAAUAACCAGCCACCUCAAAGAUUGGUUUCUGUAGACUUUUAAGGCAUCCCUCUGCAUGGUUUGUCAAGCCAAGGAGGGGCCGGCUUCUUGGUGACGGGGGCACGAGGGACCCUCAAGUCCCGACUGAGACAUCUUGGAGCUGGAAAGGCUCUGCCAGAGAUCAUCCGUUCCGAACAUUUCACUGUACCUUUAAGGAAACUGAGGCAGUCAAGGCUAGUAACUUUCCUGACUGAUUUGUUUAGGAAAUAGUGGCUCAGGCAGUUUUCCAUUUUUGCCCCAUUUUACUAGAUACGCUGACAUGUGUCUAAAAAAUUCAAAGAUUUAAAUACCAUUUUUUUUGUAAUACUGGAUGUUCUAUGGUAGGACAUGUGAAAAUUGCCAUUUUUUUUUCAUACAAAAGCUGCUUUUUUUUAAAGAAAUCGGACUUCAGGAGGUUUUUAGUGAACCCUUUAGCAAAAUGGAGUAAAUUGAACUGGGUACUCUCUGCCAUUUAUAACAGUUUUACCAGAGUUGUGCAGAUUUUAAAUAUAGGGAGGUACGGAAAGCAAUAUAAUGUGGAUGUAUUCUGUUUUUCUUAAUUUCUUAAUUUUCUUAAUACCUCCUGGCAUUCUCUCGGUUUUAAAAUCAAUGACGCACACUGUCUAGUUACCUUCUCAUUUUGCCAGGAAAAUUAGUACAAUACGUAGUAAAUAAACAUUACCUUCCAAACACUUGAAAAUUUUCAAACAAGCCAUUCUCGGAGUUACUGCCCUAGUCUCUUCACAUACAAAGUCCCGCGAAGUGGCUCCAGAGGGCCACGGCGGGUUGACAUUCUGCAUCUGAUGGCAACAGGCGUGAAGUGAGUGUGUCGGUCCCUGAAAAUGGUUUCUUGCCAGGCGUUUCUGAGUUUUGAGAUGUUUCUCGACUUUCUUUGAAUAACAUUUUUUCUCAAAUCUCCAUGGACAGCUGCAUUCAUUUCAUUUGAAAGUUCGACCUUAUCCAAUUAAAGUUUUGAGUAAUAGUAGCUUGGGGCCCAAAGCUUGUGAGAUUCCUGUCCCUUUUCUUUCCAGACGCAGGCUUUCACUAAAAUCUGUCUUUUCCUGAUACCAUUCGAUACUAGAGAUCUUUUUAACGUGUCAGGAUUCAGCCAACCACAGAGAGUUUUUGUUCGAAUGAUUUCAGUUUCACAUGAAUCACAUGAAUCACGCUUUCCUAAAGAAGUUGCAAUUUAGGGUUUUAGGAUGCCACCCCCCCCCCCCCUCCGUUCUAACACAGUCUCAUUGUCAAAGCGGAGGAUGUAAUCCUUUGUUAUGAUUGUUGUUGAAUUGAUCAAUAAAGCCCAAGACCCAGGAACAUGGUUCUCCUGUAGUGAAUAAAUGAGGUGUGCUUUUGUGUCACCUGAUGCUUGGAA